GUUGUUUUUUUGUGGCCAUGUAGACACUGACUAGCCACCGGUAAUGUUUGUUGUUGCCCGCUAAAUUAGUAAUAUUUAGCGUCACACAUAAAUAAGGUGGAUUUGUUUCUUUGCUUGUAAAUGGACGCUGUGCCUUGCCUUUGUGUACCCGGGCGUCAUGCGCAAGAAUUCAGGACAUGUCUCCGGUCCAAAGGAGCGCUUGAUCUGAGUUCGUGUUUAGUGAAAAACUCAGAUGGUACUGUGCUCUUGCCCAUUUUAAAAUCAUGUCUAUCACAGCUUGAUCUACAAUCUUUCAACGCGGCUUCAAACAGUGCCUGUGAAAUAGUUUGGAGUCAGUCUCCUCUGAAGUCAAAGAAGGAGAGGACACAGACAGGUGUUAAUAAACUGGGGAAAGUCCUCCAGGAGUUGUUGGAGUCUCAUGGUGAAAGAUGGGUGGAGGAGCUGAGGGGGGACCUCCCUCGUAGCUUCCAGCGGCAUGGAGACCUCGUCUUGCUGGGAGACAGCUGCUUCUCAUUGCCGCUCUGGAAGAAAGUGGAUCAGCUGUUAUGGAGUGCAGUGGCAGGAGGACUAGGGGCGAAGCGUCUGGCAAAGAUGAGCCGGAUAUCCAGGGAUGGAUUUAGAUCUCCUGAGGUGACAAUGCUGCUGGGAGAGCAUAGCUGGGUCAAACAUGUGGACAAUGGCAUAAGUUAUGAGUUUGAUGUUACAAAGUGCAUGUUCUCAGCUGGAAACAUUACUGAGAAGCUCCGGGUGGCUGGAUUUGACUGCAGAGGGGAGACGGUGGUGGAUUUAUACGCAGGUAUUGGAUACUUCACUCUCCCAUAUCUGGUACAUGCGAAGGCCAGUCAUGUUCACGCCUGCGAGUGGAACCCAGAUGCUGUUGAGGCUUUACAGAAAAACCUUUUGGCAAACACAGUGUCUGACCGCUGCACGAUUCACCAAGGAGACAAUCGACAACUCCAGCUGUGUGAUGUUGCAGACCGGGUAAACCUGGGUCUCAUACCAAGCUCUGAGGACGGCUGGCCCGUCGCCUGUCGACUGCUGAAGAGAACUACUGGUGGCAUUUUACACAUACACCAGAACAUUACCUCACCUUUACGGGACACUGCAGCCGGGGAUGCUACCCAGAGAGUUUCUGGGAAGAAAGCUGACAGAGAAGUGUGGCAGAUCUGGGCUGACGACACAGCGAAACACAUCUCUUCUCUUUUAAGGGACGUCACUGGAGCAAUUUGGACAACAAACAUCCAACACAUAGAGCAUGUUAAGUCAUAUGCACCGCAUGUUCACCACGUUGUGUUGGACUUGGAAUGUAGACCGCUCUUAAUUAAAGAUACAAACACAGGUACUGAGCAGACACUCUGAUGCCGGACAUUUUAAUGUGCUGCGGCUGCUUUAUUCCAGGGAAGAGCAGACUACACCAACCUUUAUUUAAUCAGGGCUGGUUGGAAAAUGCUCACGCAGUUCUAGUCACACGUGGCAGCUGGCCAGGUGUGCCACAACCACAGCCUCAUCAGCCUUGGCCAACGAGGCAGCUGUGCAUUAAGUGCCUUGCUCAAGAACACUUAACACUUUGUUGUGUUAUACUCAAGUGUUUAAUCACGAGACCCCUUGGUGUUUGCUGAAAUGAAAAUCUACAGGCUGAGAUAUGAUUCACAUUCGGACUCCAUCCGUGUCCAUCCUGUCAUCUACCAACAUUUGAAGCUGCUGCUGGGUGUGUAGGGGGGCGGGGGAUAUUUUACUGCCACACCUUGGGCUCUUCUGUGGAUCAGUACAACGCCACAGCUGUACUCCGUGUUACUGCUGACCAUGCGUGUAUAUUUAUGACCGUACUCAUAUUUCUUUCCCACGGCCCUUUAUCUUUUUAUCAGCGGGAUAAGGGACCACGUCCUGAAGCACAUAUCUUCUCAGACUGUUUUUUUUUUAACGUAACAAUGGGACAAUUCACUUGAAUUAGAUUGAAUUCAAUCUAAUUGACCAACUCUGGAAUGUGGUGGAGCAGGAGACAAAGGUGUUGCCCACAAAUCUGCAGAAACGGCUUGAUGUUAUCACGUCGAUAUGGACCAAAAGCUGUGAGAAAUGUUUCCUUGUUGAGUCUGCCACAGAUAAUUGAGACAUUUGUAGAAGGAAGGAUAAAGAGGGUCUAACCUGGUUCUAACCAAAUAAAAUGCCUAGUAAAGGUCAACUUCUGCAUAGAAUUCGAAUAAAACUCCAUAAGUAGGUGACAGUGGCCAACUCCUAAGUAAUUUAGUGUAGAAGCAGAAUCUAGAUAUUUCCAUAUAGAGGCAUAAGUGAAGGGUUGCGUGAGUGCGGACAUGAUGUGCAUCAUAUGAUGUGGUCUUAACAAGUCGAUGGGUCUCAGUCUUUUGUUAAGUGGAUGUGGGAGAUUUUUACCCAAGUAAGGGUUUAUCUUCUGGAUGAUUGGGGUUUGUCCAUCCAGUGCAAAUCAAUGCCAUGGAGUAAUGAAGCUGGUCUCGCUGGUGAUCCAGCAUGUUGUUUUUCCUUAUUUUCUCCUUUGUGUCUGCCAUAGAGGUAACAGGAAGUGAAAACACAAAAUAUAUGUUGGUGCUACUUUCCAAAAGGGCUGUAGCCAUGUUUUAAGGAGCUGGGAGUACGAACAAUACACGGAUUAUGGAUAUCACAUUGCAGAUAUUUUCUGUUCCUCGACAGAUGGGUCUCUCUUUACAAGCGGCUCAAGUUAAAAGGGAGUUUCAGAUUCUUUCUUUCUUUUUUUGUAUAUGUUUGGGAUUGUGUGAAGAUUUCUGAUACUGACCAAAAUAAAGUACUUUCACUCAUUCAUUCA